CACACACUUUUUCAGCAGUGAGGGAAACACGGCACCGGGGAGGGAAACACCCGCCACGACCUGACAGUCUGGGUUUAUGUUUCCUCAAGUGUCUGCGAAAUGUCUACCAAGGCAGAGCAAUUUGCCUCUAAGAUACGAUACUUGCAAGAGUAUCACAACCGUGUGCAACACAAUAUUUACCCCGUGCCGUCCGGGACAGACAUUGCAAACACACUGAAAUACUUUUCCCAAACCCUGCUCAGCAUUCUGUCCCGCACAGGCAGGAAGGAGAACCAGGAAGCUUCCAAUUUGGCCGUGCCCAUGACCAUGUGUCUUUUUCCUGUGCCAUUCCCACUCACCCCAUCUCUAAGACCACAAGUCAGUUCCAUCAACCCUACAGUUACUCGCUCCCUCCUUUACAGCGUUCUGCGCGAUGCCCCGUCAGACCGCGGGGGGCAGGGGCAGCAGAGUCGGGACGCUCAGCUCUCAGAGUACCCCUCUCUGGACUAUCAGGGCCUCUAUGUGACCCUCGUGACCCUGCUUGACCUGGUGCCCCUGCUGCAGCACGGUCAGCAUGAUCUGGGACAGUCCAUAUUUUACACAACAACUUGCCUCCUGCCCUUUCUCAGUGAUGAUAUUCUCAGCACUUUGCCCUAUACUAUGAUCUCCACUUUAGCCACAUUUCCCCCUUUUCUCCACAAAGACAUCAUUGAGUACCUGAGCACCUCUUUCCUCCCCAUGGCCAUAUUGGGCUCCACCCGGAGGGAGGGCGGCGUGCCGGCCUACGUCAAUCUGUCUGCCUCGUCCAUGCUCAUGAUCGCAAUGCAGUACACCUCCAAUCCAGUCUAUCACUGUCAGUUGCUGGAGUGUCUAAUGAAGCACAAACAAGAAGUGUGGAAGGACCUGCUGUAUGUUAUCUCCUACGGGCCGUCUCAGGUGAAGCCUCCGGCCGUGCAGAUGCUGUUCCAUUACUGGCCCAACCUGAAGCCUCCGGGAGCCAUCAGUGAAUACCGAGGGCUGCAGUACACAGCCUGGAAUCCCAUCCACUGCCAGCACAUCGAGUGCCACAACGCCAUCAACAAGCCUGCUGUCAAGAUGUGUAUAGAUCCCACUCUCUCCGUUGCCCUGGGAGACAAGCCUCCUCCUCUCUAUAUAUGCGAGGAGUGCAGCCAGAGGAUAGCAGGGGAUCACGCUGAGUGGCUUGUCGAUGUACUCCUGCCCCAAGCAGAGAUAUCUGCCAUUUGUCAGAAGAAGAACUGUAGCUCUCAUGUCAGGAGGGCCGUGGUCACCUGCUUCUCAGCUGGCUGCUGCGGGCGCCAUGGCAACCGGCCUGUCCGCUACUGCAAGCGUUGCCAUGUCAACCACCACAGCAGCGAGGUGGGGGCUGCGGCGGAGACCCAUCUGUACCAGACCUCGCCCCCUCCCAUCAACACUCGGGAGUGCGGCGCCGAGGAGCUGGUGUGCACGGUGGAGGCCGUCAUCAGCCUGCUGAAGGAGGCCGAGAUCCACGCCGAGCAGCGUGAGUUCGAGCUGAACAGGCGCCGUCAGAUGGGCCUGUCUGCCUCCCACCACUCCCUGGACAACAUCGAGUUUGAUAACAAGGAGGACGACCAGCACGACCAGCGGCUCCUCAGUCAGUUUGGCAUCUGGUUCCUGGUGAGCCUGUGCACCCCCAACGAGAACACGCCCACGGAGAGCCUGGCGCGGCUCGUCAGCAUGGUCUUCCAGUGGUUUCACUCCACCGCCUACAUGAUGGACGACGAGGUGGGGAGCCUGGUGGAGAAGCUGAAGCCGCAGUUUGUCACCAAGUGGCUGAAGACGGUGUGUGAAGUGCGCUUCGACGUCAUGGUCAUGUGUCUGCUGCCCAAACCGGUAGAGUUCGCCAGGGUGGGGGGUUACUGGGACAAGUCGUGCACCACGGUGACCCAGCUGAAGGAGGGCCUGAACCGGAUCCUGUGUCUGAUCCCGUACAACGUCAUCAGCCAGCCGCUGUGGGAGUGCUUCAUGCCCGAGUGGCUGGAGGCCAUCCGCACCGAGGUGCCCGACCACCAGCUCAAGGAGUUCCGGGAGGUGCUCAGCAAGAUGUUCGACAUCGAGCUGUGCCCUCUGCCCUUCUCCAUGGAGGAAAUGUUCGGCUUCAUCAGCUGCAGGUUUUCCGGAUAUCCGGCGUCGGUUCAGGAGCAGGCUCUGCUGUGGCUGCAUGUGCUGUCGGAGCUGGACAUCGUGGUGCCUCUUCAGCUGCUGAUCGGCAUGUUCUCGGACGGGGUCAACUCCCUGAAGGAGCUGGCCAACCAGAGAAAGGCGCGCGCUUCAGAUCUGACCGGAAACACCGGGGCUCGCAGGGUGAGCGUGGUGUCGGACCCCGGGCGCCGCGGCCAGCACAACACCCUGAGCCCGUUCCCCAGCCCCUUCCGGAGCCCGUUCCGCAGCCCGCUGCGCUGCAGCCCCUUCAAGAACCUGGGCCACGCCGCGGGCCACUGCGCCCUGGACCUGGACUGCGACGACGACGACAUGAACCUGGGCUGCUUCAUCCUCAUGUUCGACCUCAUCCUGAAGCAGAUGGAGCUGCAGGACGACGGCGUGAUGCUGGGCCUGGACAGCAGCCUGGGGAAGGACAUCGUGGGCAUCAUCAACAACGUCUUCCAGGCGCCGUGGGGGGGCUCGCACACCUGCCAGAAGGACGAGAAAGCCCUGGAGUGCAGCCUGUGCCAGUCCAGCAUCCUGUGCUACCAGCUGGGCUGCGAGCUCCUGGAGAGGCUGACCCCCCGGGAGGAGAUCCGCCUGGUGGAGCCGACAGACAGUUUGGAGGAGACGCUGCUGUCGCCUCCACCGGACUUCACCGUGGGAGCAGAAACCGGGAGUGAGGAGGGAGACAACCCCAGCGGCACGCAGACCGACAACCCCAGCAACCCGUCGCCUGAAAACACAUCCAUGAAGAAUAACUCUGAUAAGAAGUUCUCCUACCAGCAGCUCCCCGUGUCGCUGAAGCUGAUUUACACCAUCCUGCAGGAAAUGUCCAAGUUCGAGGAGCCGGACAUCUUGUUCAACAUGCUGAACUGUCUGAAGAUCCUGUGUCUCCACGGAGAGUGUUUGUACCUCGCCCGCAAGGAUCACCCCCAGUUCCUGGCGUACGUCCAGGAGAAGAUGCUCAUCCCGAGCCUGUGGUCCAUGCUGAAGUCGGAGUUCUGCCAGCUGGCCUCGCUGGCCGUGCCUCAGCUCCUCCAUGCCCUGUCCCUGUCCCACGGGGCAGACAUCUUCUGGAACCUCAUCAACUCAAACUUCAACAGCAAAGACUGGAAGAUUCGAUUUGAAGCCGUGGAGAAGGUGGCCGUGCUGUGCCGCUUCCUGGACAUCGGCGCCGUGACGAAGAACCACCUGCUGAAGUACGCCCUGGCCCACGCCUUCUGCUGCUUCCUGGCCUCCGUGGAGGACGUCAACCCGGCCGUGGCCACCAGGGCCCGCCUGCUGCUGGACACCAUCAAGAGGCCGGCGCUGCAGGGCCUGUGUCUGUGUCUGGACUUCCAGUUUGACACGGUGGUGCGGGAUCGACCCGUCAUCCUCAGCAAGCUGCUGCUGCUGCACUUCCUGAAGCAGGACAUCCCGGCGCUCAGCUGGGAGUUCUUCGUCAACCGCUUCGAGACGCUGUCCCUGGAGGCCCAGCUGCACCUGGACUGCAACAAGGAGUUCCCCUUCCCCACCACCAUCACGGCCGUGCGCACCAACGUGGCCAACCUCAGCGACGCCGCCAUGUGGAAGAUCCGGCGGGCGCGCUUCGCCCGGAACCGGCAGAAGAGCGUCCGGUCCCUGAGGGACAGCGUGAAGGGGGGCCAGUCGGAGUCCAAGCGGGCCUUCUCGCUGCCCGAGUCGCUGAGCAACAGACUCCCUCUAAGGCUUACGAGGCAAGAACAGUCCGCUCCCACACUCGGAGAUAUGAUAGAAAAGGUCCUACCAGCGCGCUUCCUCCCGCACUCUAACCCUGACGCUCCAGCCCCUCUCGCAGGCCAGACGCCGUCCCCCGAGGACGACGCCGUCGUCCGGGACCUGCUGCCCGAGGACGCCGGCAUCGACCACCAGACGGUGCACCAGCUCAUCAUGGUGCUCAUGAAGUUCAUGGCCAAGGACCAGAGCAGCGCCGAGGCCGACAUCGGCAGCGCCAAGGCCUUCAACACGGUGAAGCGGCACCUGUACGUGCUGCUGGGCUACGACCAGCAGGAGGGCUGCUUCAUGAUCGCCCCACAGAAGAUGAGGACCUCCACCUGCUUCAACGCCUUCAUCGCCGGCAUCGCGCAGGUGAUGGACUACAACAUUGGCCUGGGGAAGCAGCUGCUCCCCCUGGUGGUGCAGGUGUUGAAGUACUGCACCUGCCCCCAGCUGAGACACUACUUCCAGCAGCCCCCCCGCUGCUCUCUGUGGGCGCUGAGGCCGCACAUCCGACAGAUGUGGCUCAAAGCUCUGCUGGUUAUCCUCUAUAAGUACCCCUACAGAGACAUGGACGGCAGUAAAGUGGUCCUCCAUCUGAUUCACAUCACCAUCAACACUCUGAACGCGCAGUACCACAGCUGUCGGCCUCACGCUACAGCCGGACCGCUGUACAGCGACAACUCCAACAUGAGCCGCUACAGCGAGAAAGAGAAAGAGGAGGACAGUGUCUUCGAUGAGUCAGACGUCCAUGACACACCGACUGGUGCCGCUAACAAGGAGUCACAGACCUUCUUUGCCCGCCUGAAGAGGAUCGGUGGCAGCAAGUCUGUGAAGUACCAGCCGGUGGAGCUGAAUGCCAAGAAAAGUGAGAUCGAGCUGUCGGAGUACCGCGAGGCCAGCGCCCUGCAGGACAGCAUCCUGCACUGCGUGAGGGAGGAGAGCACCCGGAAGAAGCGCCUGCAGGCCAUGCACAAGCAGAAGUCUCUGGACAUCUCCAACACGGACUCCAUCCUCUUCAGUCUGGACGAGCAUCGACGCAAGUCCUGCAUCGACCGCUGCGACCUGCAGGCGCCCCCCGUGGUCCUGCCCCCGUCGUCCGGCACGUCGCGCAGCAGGCGGCACGGGAAGUGCUCGUCGGACGGCUCCUCGGUGCGGGCGGAGGGGAACGAUCCGGUGGACCGGCGCGGCUCCAGGGGCGGCCAGUCCGACACGUCCAAACCCGUCAUCCCGGAGGUCCGCCUCAGCUGCAUGGAGACCUUCGAGGACAAGGUGGAUCAGGGCUCCUCGGUGGGCUCGGCUCAGGGGAAGGAGGAUCAGGACCUGAUCGAUCUGUCCUCCGACUGCACCUCCAUCCCCGAGAAACACUCGCUGCUCUCCAUGUCCGACAGCGACUCCUUGGUGUUCGAACCGCUGCCUCCUCUCAGGAUCGUGGAGAGCGACGAGGAGUUCGACCUCAACACCAUCAUCGGCUCCAGGUUCAACAGCAGUCCGAAGAUCUCGGCCUCGCCGGCGAGCAGCAGCACUCUGAGGCUGUCCCCCGUGGUCCAGGUGAGCGUGGAGGACUGCUCCAGCGACAGGAAGACCCCGGACCUCCUGGGGGGGGAGGGGGUCUCGGAGGAGGAGACCAAGCCCGACGUGGUCCGUCACAGCGCCUCGCUGGAUCUGCCCGAACGACCGGAGAGCGUCUGCCACGAAAGCCCCAUGACCCUGAAGCAGAAGAGGGACCUGCUGAGGAAGACGCCGCACGUCCCCGACACCUCGCUGGACGACACGUCCGUGACCCCCGACGAGGGCCGGACCGGGACCGGGACCGGGACCGGGCUCAGCUCCAGUCCCUCGGGCCGGACCGUCUUCCUGGACAUCCCGGAGGACCAGGCGGAGCCUCUGUCCUCGCCCGAGAAGAGCAAGAGCAACAGCAACGACGAGGAGGAGGAGGACGGCGACGACGAGGAGGACGACGACAUGGGCGACGAGGCGGACAGCGAACCCAAACCCGAGAACUCGGAGGACAACGACGAGGCCGAGUUCAAGAUCCAGAUCGUUCCGCGGCAGCGCAAAGAGAGGAAGAUCGCCGUCAGCGCCAUCCAGAGGGAGUACCUGGACAUCUCCUUCACUACGCUGGACAAGCUGGGAGGAGAGCCGGCCUCGGAAACAGAUCACAAAGUGAUGUCUACUCUGGAGAAACCUCGAGAAUCUGCCUCGGCUCCGACGCUUGAAGCUGCCCUACCUGAAACGAGCCAUCGCUCCUCAGUGUCAACUCAGUACCGUCAGGUGAAACGAGGCUCUCUGGGAGCUUUGACCAUGAGUCAGCUGAUGAAGAGACAGCUGGAGCAUCAGUCCAGUGCGCCUCACAACAUCUGCACAUGGGAGACGGGUCCUACCAAGACCAGCCUGCUCUCGGCGCCGAGCACCGUCAGCAUGUUUGUCCCCGCGCCCGAGGAGUUCAUCGACGAGCAGCCGACCACCAUGUCUGACAGGUGUCGGGACUGCGCCGCGGUCCUGGAGGAGUAUGACGAGGAGACGCUGGGCCUCGCCGUGGUCGUCCUCUCCAUGUUCAUCCACCUCAGCCCCGAUCUGGCUGCCCCCAUGCUCCUGGACAUCAUGCAGUCUGUGGGCAGGUUGGCAUCCAGUGCCAAUUUCUCGGGACAAGCUGAGAGCAUGUUGAUCCCCGGGAAUGUAGCAGGUGUAGCCAAGCAGUUCCUGCGCUGCAUGUUUCACCAGCUGGCCCCCAACGGCAUUUUACCUCAACUCUUCCAGAGCAACAUCAAAGAUGGGAGUUUUCUGCGAACACUGGCAUCUUCGCUAAUAGAUUUCAAUGAGCUGAGCUCUGUGGCUGCCCUCAACAUGUUGCUGGAGGGCCUGAACAACAAGAAGAGUCUGCCAGCAGGGGGCACAAUGCUGCACUGCCUGGACAACAUAGCCACCUUCAUGGAGGCUCUCCCCAUGGACUCUCCCAGCAACCUGUGGACAACCAUCUGCAACCAGUUCCAGACCUUCCUCACAAAGCUGCCCUGCGUGCUUCCUCUGAAGUGCCCCAUGGACUCCAGUUUGAGGAUCAUCAUUUGUUUGCUGAAAAUCCCGACCACCAAUGCAACUCGGAGCCUCCUGGAGCCGUUCUCCAAGCUGCUCAGCUUUGUCAUCCAGUACGGCAUUUUCAGCCUCUCCUACCUGGUGGAGCUCUGUGGACUGUGCUACAAAGCCUUCAACAAGGAGAGAGAUAAGUUCUACAUGUCCCGCAUUGUGGUGUUGGAGCUUCUGCAGGCUCUCAAGUUCAAGUCUCCUCUGCCCGACACAAACUUGUUACUGCUGGUUCAGUUUGUUUGUGCAGACAUCGGCACGCGGCUAGCAGAAUCCACCAUCAUCCAGAAGCACAUGAUCUCCACUCUGCCGGGGUGCACGACAGCGGCAAUGGAGUGCAUGAGGCAAUACACCAGUGAGCUCCUGGACUUUAUUGCAGAUAUGCACACGCUAACCAAACUUAAAAGCCAUAUGAAGGCCUGCUGCCAGCCGCUGCAUGAGGACACUUUCGGGGGAAACCUGAAAGUGGGUUUGGCACAAGUCGCAGCCAUGGAGAUCACCAAAGGCAACCACCGCGACAACAAGGCGGUGGUCCGGUACCUGCCCUGGCUUUAUCACCCCCCGUCCACCAUGCAGCAAGGGCCAAAGGAAUUCAUCGAGUGUGUGUCCCACAUCCGCCAGCUGUCCUGGCUGCUGCUGGGCUCCCUCACACACUGCGCCCUGCACCAGGGCUCCACCUCCUGCAUGCCCAUCCCGCUAGACGCCGGCUCCCACAUCGCCGACCACCUCAUCGUCAUCCUCAUCGGCUUCCCCGAGCAGUCAAAGACGUCGGUGCUGCACAUGUGCUCUCUGUUCCACGCCUUCAUGUUCGCCCAGUUGUGGACCAUCUACUGCGAGCAGGCGGCGGCCGCCCCGUCCCUGCAGAACCAGAACCAGACCGAGUUUUCCUCCGGCGCCAUCCUCACCGGCCUGGAGUUCUGGAGUCGCGUCACUCCCAGCAUCCUGCAGCUCAUGGCCCACAACAAAGUGAUGGUGGAGAUGGUGUGUCUCCAUGUCAUUAGUUUAAUGGAAGCCCUGCAGGAAUGCAACUCAACCAUAUUCGUCAAGCUGAUUCCCAUGUGGCUGCCGAUGAUUCAGUCAAACCUCAAGCAUUUGUCGGCGGGGCUGCAGCUGCGUCUGCAGGCCAUCCAGAACAGGGUGAACCACCAGUGUCUGCAGGGCCAGACGGCCGGAUCGCCGCCCUUCGCCCUCCGCAAGUGGCUCCAGUGCACCCAGUUCAAGAUGGCCCAGGUGGAGAUCCAGUCGUCGGAGGCCGCCUCUCAGUUCUACCCCAUGUGACCUGCUGCGUGGAGGGUGGGGGGUGUCACCAAAAGGACUCUUCCAGGAAGUGACGCUGGCUCUGGACUGAAAUGUUUCCAGCACCUUUAGGAUAUAUAAAAUAGAUGUAAAUCUAUGCUAUUUUAAAGUAUUAGCUCUGGAGGUGAUGUGUGGAGGGGUCCAGGCCUUUGGGACGUUGGUGUCAGGUGCCUCACUGUUGACCUCAACAGAAUCGAAGAGAGUCUCUAUAGAUCCGUGUUAGUAAUAGCCAUGGUCUGAAAACAAAUGCUUGUCGGACCUUGGAUACGCUCACUCUGUGAUAUUCAUAUCCUAUCACUUUUUAAGUUGCUUGGUUGCAAGCUUGAUAAUUAAAGUACGAGUUUUUUGUAAACA